AUGGAUUGGCUACCGCAGGAACUCGUUGACAAGGUCGCCAGCUAUCUCUCCAAAGAUGACCUGGAGAGCGUCCUCACGUUGUCCAGCAAGCUCCGAUACGCUGCAGAAAGGCAUUCUGGAGCUUUCACUAGUUUCAACAUAACCGAGGAUAAUGCCGAGAAGUUUGUGGUCUUAUUUUCUGGACACCGCUUGCCGUAUCUACGGGAAGUCAGGUUCCUGCCAUGGUUCCCAACACAACACCACCGCCAUGAUCCGCCACUUGCCUGUCGGGAAAGCCAAGAAGAACUGCUAGAGAAAGACAAGAGCUUUACACGCCAGAUCCAAUUUCUCUUCACCACACUCAGAACCGUUGAGGAUCAAGCUAGCGACCGACACACUCCAGGAAGGUAUCGUCUCACCAUAUACAGCCCUAUCAGGCUAGUUGAGGACGAGAUUCAACGCUACUGUCUCCACCAUGACUAUGUUAGCUGGCGCGUUCAUCUCCGCAAUCCGAGCGAGCUUCCCCAAAUCGUUUCCGUGCAGUCUGUGGAGAUCCGUAACAAUAACGAGCAUGACUUCCCACCUAAGCAUGCUGCUGGCUUCCAUAUCGUAGAAUCGAAGCUCGACCUUCGAGUUAUGGUCGACCUUGCCACCAGAUUCCCAAAUCUGGAGUUUUGGGGGUGUCAAGUCGGUGCGUCGGAAUGGUAUGAGACCUACGCUGAAGAAGAGCCGGUAAGACAUUACGAACAUGACUGGGAAGGGCCGCGACGAGAUGCAAGAGUUGACUUCGCGAGGGCUGUAGAAGCUUGCAUCGACCAAAUACCAAUAUCACUUAGGCGGGCUUCUUUGGAUUUCCUGAGUUCCAUCGAAAAUGUUAUUUCCAUUCAUCACGGUAAACAACAACCAAAUAUGGUCUAUCCUGCUCCGUCCGAUCUGUUCAGCUCCAGUUUACGCAUCCUCACAAGGAACUUGCGUAAACUUCAAUUACGAGCUGUGAUCGACGAAAACUUAUUCUGCCCUGGCGAUGAGAGGUUGUCACCUUGGCCUGUACUCGAAAUCUUCGAGGUUAUGUUUCAUCCGGUGCGUCCGAACGGAAAGUGGUACUUCCAAGGACCAGGCGGUGAAGGCGCAGAUGCGACAGGUUUCAACAUUACGGAUGAGUGUUAUCCGCCACUUGAGACUUCUGAUCUUGACACCGAAAUGGACGCCAUGCUAAAGGAAGAGGGCGAUCCGUGUACAAACCUGGGAAACCGACAGUUCCGAGUCACUCCACAAGAUGUGAACGUUCGACAGCUCCUAGAAUCUUUUGCUAAGUGCGCAACCAAUAUGCCGUCUCUUCAGCAAGCCUUGAUCUGA